UUCUUUGGAUUGCUGAAUGUGCUGCUGAUUUGAUUUUGGGAAUAAAUCGUUGUCUCGAAGUUGCAUUUCCAGAGAUUGCGAGAAAGCUUUUCCACAAUAACCGUGUUUAUAUUUGGAUAACUUUUUGUAGUUUAUAUGGAGUUUAUUGGCUAAUAUUUUUACACCCGUGUAUUUUUAAUGGAAGACUUUUUGAAGUUUCAUUAGAUCCAUUAAAUGGAUAUAGACAUGGAAUUAUUGAAGGAAGAUUUAGUACCAUUUACAACACACAAUACAAUAUUGGCUUUAGGGUCUCCAAUAAUUUAUUCAAUUUUUUCAAUUUGUGUUUUCAUUAAAGGCCGUGAAUUAAUUAGCAGUGUUUCAAAAGAGGAAAAAUUGGUUAAAAUUAAAUAA